AUGGCUAGACCCUGUGCUUUUCUGAUGGCCCUGGUGGUGAUGAGCUAUUGGUCGACCUGCUGUCUGGGAUGUGACCUGCCUCAGGCUCCUAACCUCAGGAACAAUACAGUCUUGACACUCCUGAAAGAAAUGAGACUUUCCCCUCUCUCCUGCCUGAAGGACAGAAAGUACUUUGCAUUUCCUCUAGAGGAGGAGAUUCAGGAGCCUCAAGCCAUCUUUGUCCUACAGGAGCUGAUUCAUCAAGUACUGAACCUCUUCAGCUCAAAGGACUCAUCUGCUCCUUGGGAGACAAACCUCCUAGAAACACUCUGUGAUAGACUCCACCAGCAGUUCAAUAACCUGAAAGACUGUCUGAUCCAUCAGGUGUGGAUGAAAGACUGGGAGUUGCCUGUGAAGAAUUACUUCCACAGGAUCACUGCCUACCUGAGAGAGAAGAAAUACAGCCGCUGUGCCUGGGAGGUGGUCAGAGCAGAAGUCUGGAAAGCCCUGGAUUCCUCAACAAAGUUGCUAGAAAGAUUGAUUGAGGAGAAGGAGUAA